GCUGUGAUUAAAAAAGCAGAUAUCUGCGGCUUAAUUUUGUAUAUUUCUUUAAAUUUUAAUUUUUAAACAAAAUUCCCGCUUUUUUGUGUAAAAUUCAUACAAAACUAUUCAAUAAAUUAUAAAUAUGGCAUCGAAUGGUGAAAUCACCGAUUGGAAGCGUCUGUGGCAGUUGAUUUCAGGAAUCCACUACGAAACACCCGAGGACACAGUCAAGGAGAAACUUCUCAAUGUAUCCAAAGAGCUGCAAGAUGGUCUCUUGCAAUUCAAAUGCUCAAAUUCAUCAAACAUCAAUCUGGAGACACUCCUUAAAGAGAAGAAACAAGAAAAAUUGUAUCCAUUUACCAAAAAGCUACAAGAACUUCUGGAUUUAGAAUCUAGUCAAUGCUGGCAAAUCCUUUGCUACUAUCUUUCCAAUGAGUAUCGUGGAUCAGCAAGUUCGCUGACUGCUUUCAUAUCAUCCGAGGGAAAUAUGGCCAAAUUGCUAGAUGACAUUUGGGGCUACUACUCCCUGGAACGAAUGAUUGUCCUCAAAGUGAUGAAGAAUCUUUUGAUAUUCUACAAAAUACCCGGACAUCCAUAUCACAACGAAUACAGACUGAUUGUCGAUAAGCUCUCGAUGUCCAAGCUUAGGGAUUCUUAUAUAAAGCAACUAGAGUUCUUAAUCGAUGCGAAUCCCCCAACAAAACUCACCGCCGGGGAAUUCUUGAACUAUCACAACAAACUGAAUUCAUGGGCGGAACGAAAUUGUCGUGAAAUCAACGAAACUCUGCACAUUCUUCUGCUGAUUAUUGACCAUGUAGGCGUGGAGGCAAAGCAGUUACAAAAACUGUUCGAUUGCUUCAAGAAACACUCAUUUGGGAGGCAGCAGCGUUACAUCGAUCCCAUGAAUGAGUUGCACCAACAGUUGAUGAAGAAAAUUGCCUUCAGUGAAGUUGCUUUGUUCCUUAAGGCAAUUGACUUUCCAAAUCCUCAGAAAACCGUCGGAGUUGAUGAGACCAUCAAACUACUGGAUAAAGACAUUGCUAGCAUGUAUCACAACGAAGAGAAUGGCCCAUUGCUUCUUUCUUGGAUGCUUUUGAAUCUGAGAAACAGCAGUCCCACUCAGGAGGACACUGUGAUGGCAAAGUAUGGACAAUUUGGAGUCCGAGCUGUGCAUUUGAAUGUCUUCGGGUUCCUCAAGGAUCUUGUCAGUCAUGAGAUGUUUAAGGACGACAGUUAUGUAUCGAAAGUCGUGCGGAAGACCGUUUACAAUCAGUUGACAUAUUUAUGUGACCUUUUUGACGCCGAUGGAUCUGUCAGUCGUCAUCCUUUUGUGUACGAGUUGUUAUGUGAGCUGAUUUCUUGGCCUACUUUAGCCAAAGAGUUUUGUUCUCAUGAAGAUGGCGGAGUACGUUCCCUCUACAACACAGCUUUGGAGUGUUUUCCUUUGAAUUUCAUUCACAUUUCCAUGAUAUCGAAUGCUUUGACAAAAGCAGGAAUGGGAAACUAUAUAAAAUCACAAUUGGAAUCGCUUCCCAUCUACACAGAGGUCUACGAUGAGUCAAAGUUCAUGCUCCAAGCAUCACCACACAUCGAAGAUGAAUACAUCCUCGUGCGUGACUUCUCCCCAUUCCCUCACAUCGACUAUACAAUUCGAUCGGGAACUUCAGCUGUGGUUAUGGAUCGUUCGAAAUCCUGUUGUGUCCAUUUCCGGACAAGCGUGAAUUAUUUCAAUGUUCUUCACCAUGAAAUCAACUGCUUACUCGACGAUGUCACGCGAUACACUGAAUUCAAUAACGAUCGAUUACAACGCAUAAACUUUGGUUUGAAAUAUCUCCAAUCGGCGAUUCUUCGUGCCAAGUCCUUGAAUGAAAUCUCCGCCGAGAUGGUCCAUCCCACAGAGUUGUGCAUUGAUCUGUUGAAUAAAUUCAAACUUACGCAAAAUCCUCCGAUUGAGCUUUUGGCAAAUUGUUUGAAUGUUUGUACUGCUCUGCUGCCGUUGGUCGAUAAGGAGAUAUUCAAUAGAGUUAUUAAUUUGAGUAUUUUUCCGGCGAUGAGUAAUGAGACGUUGGAUUAUAAGAAAUACGCACAUGGUGUGUGUUUUGAUUCGAAUCUCGUCGGGACUUAUUUGGUUGAUGUGGAGAAGAAGUCGGAACGCUAUGAGUUUUUGCUGGCUUAUCUGGGAUUUUUGAGGACCUAUGCAAAGAUGGGACGUGAUCGUCUGUUUCAAUUAGAGAUUCCCGGUCUUAUAUUUCUUCUCCGUGAAGUCUUCCCUCAUAUGCAUGCUUGGCGAUUUGAAUCACAACAUGAUAAAAACAAAAUCUAUUCAGAAAUCAUGGGUUUUAUUUGUGACAUUCUGGACAUGGUAACCACAGAAAAGGGGUCUAAAAAUCCAUCGAAGCAACUCUUGAGGAACAUCUGUGUCUACAGUUUACUUAACCUUGAGAAUGGUUUAGUUCUCCUGCGUUUCAUAGCAAUUGGCAAUCCAUAUUUGCAACUGUCAAUGGAAAUGGAAUCCAACUGGAUGGUUCUCUCUUCGAACGGGCUAAUUCUGCUAGUUCGUCUGUCAAUGCGGAUUUUAAUGCAACUUCUUCGACUUAAAACUUCGGUGUUUUCGAGUUCCGAAUUGUCACCAUUGGAGGCACUCAUUUAUACCCAACCCAAGCAGAGAGAUACCUUGAGGAUAAUUCCAGUUGUCACAAGCUACAUGAACAAUAUUUUUGACCGUUGGCUUCCACUUUUGUCGUGCCGACUCCUGAAACGUAUCGCUUUGGAAUUCAACAUGUCACUGCUGGCUUGUCUGGACAUGGAACCAGAUCAAAUACGUUUGACUUUCCUCAAUAAAUUACCCGAUGAUUUGGAAAGUGAUAACUUGAAAAUUGCCAUUUUGGAACUUGUUGAGGCAUGCAUAGAGAAACAGCCUGGUGUCACUGAGGCCUUCUUCAAUGUUAACUUCUCCAGAGACAAGACAAAAGAUAAGAAAUCGAAUUUGGGCGAUAGUAUUGUGACUUUCAUGGAAGACUACCUCGAUGCUGUAGCCAAAGUACCAAAUGCUGUGGAGAAUCCCCUACCAAGUCGUAUCAUGACCCUGUUUCAUUCUCUGUGGAAGAACAAUAUGCAAAGUUUAGUCGAGGACCUUGUCCAGAAACCAACAUUCUGGUCGUCACUUUGCAAUCCAUUGUUCGGAGAGGUUUCUCCAAACGUGAAGGCAUAUAGUCAGCUUUUUAACAUCCUGGGAAUCGAGGUAUUUUGCACGAGCAACAAGACCGAUACUGAAUUGAAGAAGGUCCUAAAUCGAUUCUUCGAGAGUUCGAAUUUCGAUGUGUGGCUUGAGUAUGUCUUCGAGUUGCCAAAUAUACCGCGAGCCUCACAAGCCGUCGAUGAGACACCCGAGUGGUUGAAUCGUUUGCAAGCCUUCAAAGGAUUCAUGUUAAUAUACCUUAAAAAGAACCCAACUGGCAUUGAAAUUCCUCAGAAAAAGUUCAAACUCCUUGCCGAGAAAUGUCUGCAGGUGUUGGUCGAACGUUCCGAAUACACCGAGGAUCUGAGGCCAUUCAUUAUCCUCUCCGAGUUGUUCCUCUUUAUAAUUCAGAGCUAUAAGCAUUCUUACACUGAGACAGCGGAAGAGGACAAACUCAUGCUUCAGCAACUCAUAAAGCUUCUAAGUGGUGUGGCUAGUUGUUAUGAGGAUCUGCAUAUUCGCGCCAAGGAGGCGUGUCUGUCGAUAACAAUAAAGUGCGCUGAGUUGCUUGCCGUCGAACUGCUGAAGGACUCAACCGUUGCUCUUAGCUUCCUCUAUUCUGUGGUGAGUAUUAUUUGCCGAGAGCUAAGUAACCUAGAAACCGAAGUCAAGGUUGAGAUGAAACUCGCUACGAAAAUGUCCGUCUGUGCAUCUUCAUCGAACUCUUUGGUUCUGAGCUUAAAUCUCCUCAAAACCAUCGCCGCCAUAUUUCACAAUGACGGUCCUGGUAACUGGGAUUUGCCAUUCAUUGCCAACAAGGUGUUCAAUCGCUUAUUAAGUUGCACAGGUUGGAUCUUACAAUUGAGCUCCAAGCAAAAGCUCUCCGUAGAACUUCUCGAUGUCCUGAUUGUCUUUGCAAAGGGAAAUUGCUCGCAGGAGUUUCUUUAUUGUGAUGUGGGGGAUUAUUUGUGGUUGAAGUUGUUGCCACCGAAGGAACUCCUGCAAGCCAACUACGCUAUGAAACAGCUACGUGAAAGUGAUUGGGCCGUUCAAAAGUGGUGGCCUAUUUACUCGCGAGGCAUAGAACUUGUAACGAUUCUCUUUCAAAAGCAUGGAUAUCAGUUUUUGAAAAAUGUCUUAACUUUCGUGGGAAUUCACGAAGAGUAUUUGAUGGAUUCAUUGCUUCUGGGUAAACAAUCCUUGGAACCCAGUGCCAUGGUUUUGAUUAAGAAUUCUGUCUUGCUGGUGGCCAAUUUAGUUGACUAUGAGAAGGAAUGGCGUUUGGAGCAUUCACACAGCUUGUUUAGCUUGAUGCGAUGUGUUCAAAUGCUUUUGGGACAUUCCAUAUCCAUGUUUAAUCAACCGAAAAAUCUAAAGAGUCUUGUUAUGGGACGACGAACACAGUUGGAUAUAAUCAAGGAGAGUGAAAGUGGUGGUCUUGUUGAUGAAGUGAUUACAGCAUUCAAUGACCUCACGGAGAUUAUAACACUUUGUGUCAAAUGCUUACUCAAGUUCAGUCCACCUUUAAUCGAUUUAAUCUGUGAACCAGAAUUCUUGGCAUGCAAAUGGGAGCCCCUGUUUGAGAUUCACUUUGGAGCUCCGAAACUCAAUGACACAAGUAUGCAACUUACCUUCGGAACGGUACUCAGCGUCAUUGGUGUCUUCACUAAAGUUCUCAAUUUGCAAAAUUAUGGUUUUAAUGAAGUUCCAUUGAACAUCUUGCCAGAGAAGGCAGAUCUCGAAGGUCAACCCGAUAGUAUUGACUCACCAAAACGCAACACCACAGCGAGUAAUAAUAAUCUGGCCAAAUCACCAAGUCAACGUGGAUUUUCCAAGUCAGUCUCCAUUACAUCAGCUUCUUCAGCUUCAGCACCACCCAACGAACUUCUUUCGAAUCUGGAUGGAGAACUUUGUCUUAUGGCCUUGGAGCAUGUUCUGAUGCUUGCAGCUUCCCAGAGUCUUUUGGCUUUUAAGAAUUGCCAUCUUCCCUCACGAGAGAAACAGCUUAUUCGACGGGAGAUCAGUACAGAGUUGAUAACCUACCAUGAAUUCAUCCGCAAGAAAGUUCUUAUCGACUUUCGCGAACACAAAGAGAUUUGGCACCGACGAAAGCACGGAAUCGCCUUGAUGAUGAAACCUGAAAGCGAAGAUCAAGAAUCGGCGGCGAGUUCGAGUCGAUUUUCCAAAACCCAGUCUGAUAAUGGAGCAGCCAAAAAAACCACCGACUAUAAGAAUUCAAUGCGUGUGAAUGUCGUUCGAAGGCUGCAUUUGCAAUCGCAGCAACAUCAACGAACUCCAGAUCCCGAGAGAAGAAAUUUCGAGAUGUCUCAAAUGAUCAGUCCAAUUACUUCGAAUUCGCAAGAUGUUCAGCAAUCAAAUCAACCAGCUGCCAUCUCAUCAACACCCAAUUUGAGUCGUCCUCCAAUUCGGCGACCAAGUGAAAUGUCAGUGAUAGACGAAGGUUCUAAGAAAGUUUGUUUUGAAGAUGAAAUCGAGGAGGAAAUUGAAUACUAUCCCGCUGAAGAACCCAAAUACAGUCCAUUGUCGUAUGUACAGAUGGUGGAGGAGGAUUAUUUGCACUUUAUGUCGAAUUUGUUUACUGUUAUUUGUCAAAGUGAUUAGGUUUAGAUUUGUUUCUUCUUAUAUUCUUGAGAUAAUAAGUUAAAUUUUUGUUCAAUAAAGAAAAAGGUUUUUUUUUAAA